UCAACGGACGACGACCAUGGCGGACCGGGAGCUCCAUCUGCUCUCGGCAUUCCUGGCUAUGGAGCCCAUCGACUCGCUGAUCGGCCUGGCCAGGGAGUGCGGUGGAGGUUCGGUUACGGAGGGAGUCCAGAGGUUCAUUUGGGACCAUUGCAUCACUAAAUUUGCAGGGAAACUGCAUGCGCCAUAUGUGAGGAGGUUUCUGAAGAAGCUGAUUGCUGAAGUCGAGUUGAACCGUGGUGAUGUAAUUGAUGAGUUAUACGAACAUUAUGUGCAUUUCAUGAGUACUUUGAAGGAGAAUGAUUUGGAAAAGGACAAUGCGAGGAUCUUUAGUUUGAGUUGUCUUGAACUUUCGAGUUGUUUGGAAUCAAGAACGUUGAUAGUGCAGUUGCAAUGUUCACUUAACAUGCUUGAAGGAGAUACUGGGUGUUCAGUUUGGCCAUCUAGUCUCCUUUUGUCAGAGUGCAUCCUUUCAUUUCCAGAAUUAUUCUCUAACAAGUCAUGCUUUGAGGUUGGUUCGGGUGUUGGUUUGGUUGGCAUCUGUCUUGCCCAUGUGAAAGCAUCCAAGGUCAAUCUAACUGAUGGUGACCUGUCAACUUUAGCAAACAUGAAGCUUAAUAUGGAACUGAACCAUGUACACGUUGAGACUGAUACGUCAGAAAUUACUGAAGAUCCAAAUAUGGUAAAAUGCAUUCAUCUGCCAUGGGAAUCUGUGUCAGAGAAGGAGCUUGGAAACUACAAGCCAGAUAUAAUUUUGGGUGCAGAUGUAAUACACGAUCCAGUAUGCCUCCCACAUCUCGUUCGAGUACUUAACCUUCUUUUAAACCACGCAAAUCCGUACCCUGACCUUUGCAAUGGUAAUCAUCCGGGAUUUUCAUGGGGAAGUAACUGUAGUGAUGCUAAAGUCAAUGGAACUGUUCGAUCAAAUGCUAGCAAUGGAGAAGAAUCUGAUGCUUCUCUAGUCAAAAGAACAUACAAUGGCACUGCAAAUGUUGGAUUGAAGAAGCAUCCUAUGGCUUUAAUUGCUUCUGUCAUUCGUAAUGUCGACACCUUCAACAAGUUUCUCGUUUUGCUAGACGAAGCCAACCUUACCAUCGAAGACCUGACUGAAUCCCUUAGGCCCUUAAAUUUUCUUUCUUACAUGAAGUCAUAUGAUCGCAGUACAAUACACCUGUUUUCCAUCUCAUGUAGGCCAAACCGCCAAAGCCAAAGCCCAUUAUUCAAUCAUAGACUUCACUUCCAGCUGCAGAGAUAUCAGCAGAGAUUUCAUGCACUCAAUACUUUGAGUCUCAGAAUCCCAGUAACUGUAUCCGAGUUUUUGAAAUCUGAUCCAAUCCCAUUGAUCAAAUUCACCAUGGCAGAGCUGAAGACUCAAGGAGAGGUUGAAGUGGAGCCUAUCCAUUUAUGGGCAACCCCAAGAUCACUGAGUACAAGCCUCAUGUACUCUUUUGCUCAGAGGGAUGACAUUGAAGUGCUUGAUGAACCACUCUACGCAACUUUCCUACGGGUUACAGGUUUUGAUAGGCCCUACAGGGAGGAAGUACUUUCCCAAAUGGAGUCCGAUGGAAAUAAAGUUGUGAAUGAGAUCAUUCUUGGUCCAGGAAGAAAGAAGUAUCGCUUUUGUAAGCAUAUAGCAAAGCAACGUGUCCCUGGCUUGCCGAGUGAUUUAAUGAAUAAAGGAAAGCACCUCAUUUUGACAAGGAAUCCCCUUGAUAUCUUGCCAUCCUUUGGCAAGGUUGUGCCUCCAUCCCUCGUUGAGUUAGGUUUUGCAGAUUUGGUAUCUAUAUACAGUGAGCUCUCUCAACUGGGAAGGCCCCCACUUGUCAUUGAUGCAGCAGAACUUCAAGAAGAUGCUGAGGGUACGCUGCGUGGACUUUGUGAAGACUUGGAUAUCCCUUUUCAGUCCACAAUGCUUAAAUGGGAGGCUGGUCCAAAACAAUAUGAUGGUAUUUGGGCGCCAUGGUGGUACGAGAGUGUGCACAAAUCAACAUACUUUCAGCCAUCAAAAAAAUAUCCCACGCCAUUUCCUUUUCCUCUAUAUGAUGUGCUUGAGCAAAGUCUACCCUUCUACAACUUCCUUCGGCGCCAUAUGAGGCAGACAUCAUGCCUCCUGAAGUCUGGUUUGCCUGAUCCCAAACUCCCAGUUCCAGAAAAUAAGAAGUUACUUGCAUGGGUUGGUGAUGAGAUUGUACCACGGGAGAGUGCAAAGGUUUCUGUGUUCGACUCGGUUGUCCAAGGUGGUGAUUCAGUUUGGGAGGGACUACGAGUAUAUCAGGGGACGAUAUUUAAGCUCGAAGAGCAUUUGGAUAGGUUAUUUGACUCAGCAAAGGCUUUGGCAUUCAGCAAUGUUCCUACUCGUCAAGAGGUUAAAGAGGCCAUUUUCAGAACUCUCAUUCGGAAUGGAAUGUUUGACAAUUCGCACAUCCGAUUAAGUUUAACACGUGGCAAAAAGGUUACUUCUGGCAUGAGUCCAGCAUUCAAUCUUUACGGAUGCACCUUGAUUGUUCUUGCUGAAUGGAAACCCCCUGUAUAUGACAAUACAAAGGGUAUAACUCUUGUUACUGCGACCACACGUCGUAAUUCACCAAAUAAUCUGGAUUCAAAGAUUCACCACAAUAACCUACUCAACAAUAUCCUUGCAAAGAUAGAAGGAAAUAAUGCAAGCGCUGAUGAUGCAAUCAUGCUUGACAAGGAUGGUUAUGUGUCUGAAACAAAUGCGACGAACAUUUUUUUAGUGAAGAGAGGCCGUGUAUUGACACCUCAUGCUGACUACUGCCUUCCUGGUGUGACUCGAGCAACUGUCAUGGACCUCGUGGUGCAGGAGAAGUUUCCCCUCCAGGAAAGGAAUAUCAGUCUAUCAGAGUUCCAUACUGCAGAUGAGGUAUGGACAACCGGAACAAUGGGAGAGCUCAGUCCUGUUGUGAAGAUUGAUGGGCGUCUAGUUGGUGACGGAAAAGUGGGGCCCGUGACCCGAAGAUUGCAAAAUGCUUACAAACAGUUAACAGAAGAGUUUGGGGUACCAAUACCAACUACAGAUUCAUCUUAGAAAGGGUUGUAAACUGUAACUAGCAAUGGAUAAAUAAAGUACUUGGUGCAUUGGUGGUAUGACUAGAGAGCUUCUGUAAAAUAAACGAGCAGAAGGACCAAUUCUCUCAACCAUCCCAUAAUGGUUUAUACUUGCAAGCUAGCUGUAUUGCUUUUAAAAUCUCAUUUUCUAUCUUGAGGGAGAACUCAAAAUGAACAACAUUGAUUUUGUAAGAUCUAUUGCUAUUGUAAACUCAAACAAUGACAAGUUGUACCAUUAUGCUGAAAUGAAUAACUUCUUUUAUUGCU